UUUAGCCGAAAAGCUGAGCGACGUGAGUGCCACCAACGUGAAUGUGAGCAGUGAAAGAAAAAAGACGUUUUCCUUGUUUUGUCGUGUCGUCGCGUCACAAACAGCAGCAAAAAAAUAUUUGGGCGUAGUUGAAAAUGUUUUGGGCAUCAACCGUUGCUGUUUUGUUUUUCUUGUCGAUGUAGGUAACACAGGUGUCUAGAUGUAUGUAUUACAACAUGGAUACGCCUUGGCAACGUGUCCCGAACUUGCAGGUGACACGAACGCUAAACCACAACUCUGUGCCGACAAGGGAGGUUAGAUGCAGUGGUUUCUUGACUUCAGGAGAGCAUGACGACCGCACGGGACCAAUUAAUCGCAACCGUAAAGGCAGAAAUUCCAAUAAAGGUCGCGCUCACGACCGUUUCCGCAGAGACCGGCAACGUGGUGGCGGGGGUGGCUUCGGGGGUCCUGGACCACGGUCCAGACUCGAAGACAUUGAUGGAGAUGUAGCAAUGAACGACAGCAGUCAAGACAGCAGCAAUCACAGCAGAUUCACACCCUACGGAAGGCACCCUCGGAAGGAUGGCCGAGACAGGCGACAAGGAAAGGGUGGAGGUGGUAGAGGAGGCGGCUUCAGAGGAGACCGAGGUGGUGGAGGCCGAAACCGCAGCAGUUGGUACAAAGUGACUAUUCCUCAUGGAAAAAAAUACAACAAGAAAUGGUUGUUAACUGCGCUUCAGAACAUCUGCUCUGUAACUUAUACACCUGUUCAGUACCACGUUGACGGUACGCGAGUCCAUUUCUAUUUGGAUGAUCCCACUGCAGCCAGCGCACUGCAUAAGUGCUCCCACAAGAUCACUGACACAGACGGUUACAAGGUGGAAGUUCAUGUCAAUCCCAGCAAUCCACCAAACCUCCUCCUGUCAGACCUAAAGCCUGUGGAUAUCGAACAUUUAAAGCAAUGUAUGUCCAAACGUUAUGAUGGCUCCCAACUAGCUCUGGAUUUAAACAACAUCCGGACAGACCCUGACUUGGUCUCCCAGAAUAUUGAAGUCAUCCUGAAUCGAAGGACACAUAUGGAAACUGUCAUCAAGAUUAUUGAAGAGAACAUUCCAGAGCUGACAGGCUUGAACCUGAGCAACAACCGUAUCCAGAAACUGGACGAACUUAGUGAAUUGGUCACAAAAGUGCCGAAUUUGAAGAGCCUGAACCUCUCCCACAAUGAACUUAAGUUGGACCGUGACCUGGACAAGUUGAAAGGUCUGAAACUGGUGGAGCUAUGGCUCGUCAGGAACCCCUUGUGCGACACCUUCAAGGAUCAGGCCUCGUACAUCAUUGCUGUACGAGAGAGGUUUCCUCGCCUGCUUAAACUUGAUGGUAAUGACCUGCCUCCUCCCAUUGGAUUCGAUUUGGAAACCCCAACCACUAUCCCUCCUUGCAAGGGAAGUUAUUUCGGGUCUGAUGAAAUCAAGGGCCUCAUCCUUCGAUUCUUGCAACAGUACUACAGUAUAUACGACUCGGCAAACAGACAGCCUCUCCUGGACGCUUACCAUGACGGCGCAUCGUUGUCUCUCACAAUUCCUUUCUCCUACCAGAAUCCUUCCAGGUCAAGUCUGGGAGAGUACCAAAAAGACAAUCGAAACCUGAAGCGCAUCAGAGACUCCACGACCCGCUUCAAACUGCUGAAACACACGCGUCUCAAUGUGGUGGCUUUUAUUAACGAGCUGCCCAAAACUCAGCAUGACAUCUCCUCCUUUACCAUUGACGUGAAUACCUACACUAACACACUACUUUCAUUCACUGUGAGUGGAGUCUUCAAAGAGGUCGCUGUCAAUGGGAAAUCCCGAGACUCCACCAUGGCUUUUUCACGGGUUUUCAUCACGGUGCCUGCAGGAAAUGCUGGUCUGUGCAUCGUCAACGACCAUCUCUUCAUCCGAUUGGCCUCGACGGAAGAGAUCCGCAAAGCUUUUGUGGCGCCUGCCCCGACGCCAUCUUCCAGCCCUGUGCCCACUCUCGCCGCACCUCUGCAGGAGAUGCUCACAGCCUUCUCACAGAAGUCUGGCAUGAACCUGGAAUGGUCACAAAAGUGUUUACAAGACAAUGAGUGGGACUUUGACAAAGCGGCACAAAUCUUUACACAGUUACAGACGGAAGGAAAAAUCCCUGAUGUUGCGUUCAUCAAAUAGCCAUCUGAUGUGUACCUCCUGUAAAAAUAAAAAUUGAUCUGUUGGUUGAUUUCAUGACAUAAUUAUUUUUGCCUCUUGUUGGAGAAGUUGUAGAGAUGCAUCCGUUAAGAAUAAAAGUUCAGUUGUCUUGGUUUUGUUUUAGCAGAAAAUAAUGUCCACAGCUAUUAUAACUUCAGGCCUGUUACGAACUUGUUUUGUAUUCAUUCUGUAUAGAAAUUGUUUUCCUUGUAAUAAAUAUUUGGCCAGUAUUGAUUCCCUUUCUUUUCGUG